AUGGCCAUCAAAGACAUACCAAAACUGAACCGAAACAACAUCCGAACCCUCCGCCAUGAUCCCCUAUCCGAAGUAUCCGGUGCCCUGGGCGACCUUGGCACACUGCUACCCCUGAUGAUAGCUCUCGCUCUGCAGUCGUCCAUAUCCCUGUCGACCACACUUGUCUUCUCGGGCAUCUUCAACGUGUUGACGGGUAUAGUUUUUGGGGUUCCGCUGCCCGUUCAGCCGAUGAAGGCCAUUGCGGCCGCAGCGAUCGCUGAGCACACCAGCCUCAGACAAACAGUCGCAGCCGGCGGCCUGGUCUCUGCCGCAGUGCUGUUGCUGUCGGCUACGGGGCUGCUGAGGCGGGCGACCAGGCUCAUACCUGUACCCGUAGUCAAGGGAAUCCAGUUCGGCGCCGGGCUGAGCCUGGUCAUAUCGGCUGGCUCGUCGCUGUUGCAGCCCCUGCACUGGCUCCAUCCCGUCCUCGACAACCGUCUAUGGGCGCUCGGGGCCUUGGUGGGCCUGGUUGUGACGCAUCGCUUCCGCCGCGUCCCGUAUGCGCUCAUCGUCUUCAUCCUCGGUACCGUCUUCGCCGUGGUUGCCGUCGCUACUUCUAGUCGGAACCUCGGCCUACCCGGGAUCGCUCCCUGGGUCCCCUUGCUCGUCCUCCCCGCUUGGACCAGCCCCGUGGCCAUGUCAAUGGCAGUGGCGCAGCUGCCCCUGACAACGCUCAACUCGGUCAUUGCGGUCUCGGCCUUGUCCGCCGAUCUGCUGCCGAACCUACCUACUCCGACAGUCACCGAGAUGGGGUUGAGCGUGGCGUCCAUGAACCUGAUUGGAUGCUGGUUUGGCGCGAUGCCCGUCUGUCACGGCGCAGGGGGUCUCGCCGCCCAGCAUCGGUUCGGUGCGCGUUCGGGCGCCAGCAUCAUCAUCUUGGGUAUCUUCAAGAUACUGCUGGGUCUGCUGCUAGGCGAGACGCUGCUCGAUUUGCUCGGCCGCUUUCCAAACGCCCUUCUCGGCAUCAUGGUCCUCGCUUCCGGUCUCGAGCUCGCGGGCGUGGGACAGAGUCUGAACCACGGCGCGGCCGAUCUGUGGGAGUCUUCGGUUCAGGGCAGUGCUGUCGACGCGCUGUCUACGCGCAUACAUCGGUCUCUUUCCGAAGAGGAGCGGACGCAGCGCUGGUCCGUCAUGCUCAUCACAACGGCGGGCAUCUUGGCGUUCAAGAACGACGCUGUCGGGUUUGCAGCGGGGAUGCUGUCGCACUGGACAUAUAAGGCUGCGCAGGGCUGGGGGAGAGGAACUGGCGAAAGACAGCCCCUGAUAUCACGCCCCUGA